UGUCAGGCUUUGAAGCAUUGGUUUGAAUCAUUAAAUGGCAAGUCAUGGAUUAAUUAUGGUGGUUGGGACUUAAUGGAUAUGUCAAGUUGCUGCACCUGGUAUAACGUCUACUGUAACAAUCUGGGUCAAAUUAUAAAAAUCGACCUGGCAUCAAAUAAUGUUACAGGACAACUGCCUAAUAAUCUAAACCAAUUAACAGAACUGCAAACAUUGGAUUUGAGUAAUAACAGUAUCUCCGGAAACCUGCCAGAUUCAAUCAAUUCACUUGUUAAUUUGAAAAUAAUAAACCUUGACCACAAUACUCUAGUUGGACAUCUUCCUGCUGGCUUUGGCAAUUAUAUGAAUUUGACAUCAAUACACAUGAGAUACAACUUCUUCACGGGAACAAUCCCACCGACGUGGGCCAACCUAAAAUUGCUACAGUCAGUAUAUUUAACUAAUAAUAGCCUUAACGGAUUAUUUCCAACAGUGAUUCUUGAAAUGUCUUCUCUGUCAGAACUUUAUUUAGAUCAUAAUUCAUUCCACGGUGCCUUGCCUGCGAACAUAGGGGAUGCCUCAAAUCUCGCAAUACUUAAUUUGAGGAACAAUCAUCUCCAUGGCAGUAUUCCUAUAUCAAUCGGCAAUAUGACAAAGUUGCAGUCACUUGAUCUCUCAAACAAUAAACUAAAAGGUGGGAUUUCUCAAAAAUUGGGUAGCCUGACAAAUUUGAAGAGAUUGAAUCUGGGCCAUAACUUCUUCACAGGACCUAUUCCCACUCAAAUUGAACAGCUUACUAAACUGGAAUCAUUAACUCUCAAUUAUAACUCUUUGAAUGGCCAGUUCCCUUCAUCUACGGCACCUCCUGCUCUAGGUUAUUGUUACAUGACACCAAAUCAAUUUCAAACAUGUCCUGAGAAAACUAUCAUUGCCAAUCCUGAUAGUCUUGCAUAUCAAUGCACAGUAGACUGUCCAACAAACGUUACUAAUACACAAAAGACAAGCAAUGCUCUUUCAACCUAUUACACACUCUCUUAUAACUUGAUGUCAACGCCUGUAAUAUUCGUAUUCAUUUUAUGCUGGUUCUUUAACAUAACCUUGACAGCCUUUUUACAUAAAAUUAUAUCCGUGGUAUGA